AUGAGGGUCUGGCUGGGGGCCCCCGGGCCCCACAGGAGGGCCCCACUUGGGGGCCCCCCCUGGCGCCUAUUGCUGCUGCAGUACCCUAAUGGCUCUUCUGUACCCUUGGGGGGCCCCCGGGGGCCCCCCUCUGAGCCAAAGGGGCCCCCCGUCGCAGCAAGCUGCUGCACCUGCCUCAGCAGCAGCAGCAGCAGCAGCAGCAGCAGCAGGGCAAAGAGCAGCAGCGGGAGCAGGAGCGGGUUGGGCGCCGUAUCUCGCCGCCCUUUCAGCAGCAGCAGCAGCAGCAGCAGCAGCAGCAGCAGCAGCAGCAGCAGCAGCAGCAGGCUUGUGGUGUUUGGCCAGCUGCGGGGCCGCUGGUUUGCUGCUUAUAAACCCCCCGGCUGGUCUGUGGGGCCCCACAGGGGGGCCCCCAGUCUGUGGGGGGCCCUGCGGGAUUCGCUGCUGCGGCAGUCCUUAUGUGCUUCGGAGGCAGCAGCAGCAGCAGCAGCAGCAGCAGCAGCGGGCCCCGGCGCAGCAGCAGCAGCAGCAGCAGCAACGCUCGAAGCUGCUGCAGCAAAAGGCCUCUUCUUCCCCUUGCCCGAGCUGCCGCUGCAGGCCCAGGGACUUGUCUUAGUUGCUACAGAUGAAGCAGCAAAUUUGUCUUUUCGUCGUCUCUUUUCAAGGGGACAAAUCCAUCAAGAAUAUCAUGUCCUUACAGACAUUUCCAAAGUCACUUCAAGACCCCUUGAGGCCCCCCUUGGGGGGCCCCCCGAAGGGCCCCCCGAGGGGCCCCCCGAGGGGCCCCCCGAGGGGCCCCCCGAGGGGCCCCCCGAGGGGCCCCCCGUGGGGCCCCUGAUGGGUCUCCCCUACUUCAGCCCGCCCCCCAUUGCCUGGCAGCACCGGUGGGGCCCCCAGCAGCAGCAGCAGCAGCAGCAGCAGCAGCAGCAGCAGCAGCAGCAGCAGCAGCAAAGGGCCCUCCGCCGGCGCAGGGGGGCCCCCUGGCUGCCUGCAAGCUGCUGCCUCUCCUUGGGGGCCCCCUGGGGGCCCCCCCAAACCCUAGAAGAGGGUUUGGGGCCCCUGCUGCAGCAAGGGUUUUUGUGCAGCGAAUUGGCCCGGGGGCCCCACCAGCUGAGAAGGGGGGCCCCCCUAGCAGCAGAAGUCCAGGGGGGCCCCCCUGGACCCCAGCAGCAACUAAGGGGGCCCUUGGGGGCCCCCCAAGGGGCCCCCCAAGGGGCCCCCCAAGGGGCCCCCCAAGGGGCCCCCCAAGGGGCCCCUCAAGGGGCCCCCCAAGGGGCCCCUCAAGGGGGCCCCCAAGGGGCCCCUCAAGGGGCCCCCCAGGGGGGCCCCCCGAGCGGAAGAGAGGCGCGGCAGUUUGCUGCUGGGGUGUCUGUACCCUCUGCGCUAAGCUGCUGGGUUGCCAAGAGCCGCGCUCUGGCCGUGGGGGCCCCCCGCUGGGGGCCCCCCGGGCGCCCCAGCAAAGUCUUUUAUUCCCUUUUGGGUUUGGGGCCCCAGGGGCUGGGCCUGGGGGGCCCCCCAGGGGGGCCCCCCAGGCUUUGUGGCCUCUACAGGGUCACCUGUGGGGGCCCCCAGGAGAUCCGGGUGCAGUUUGCUGCUGCCGGCUGUCCUAUUGCGAACGACGAAACAUACAGCAGCAGCAGCAGCAGCAGCAGCAGCAGCGGCAGCAGCAGCAGCAGCAGCAGCUGCAGCAGCAGCAGCAGCAGCAUCCCUGAAGACCCGUAUGGGUACCAGACUGUGGACCUCGAGCAGCAGCAGGAAGACCCUCCACUGGCAGAGACGGAGGCUGCUGCUGCUGCUGCAGAGCCGUUCCCUUGUGCUUUUACUAUCACGCGGGCAGCAGGGCAGCAGCAUGAGCAGCAGCAGCAGCAGCAGCAGCAGCAGGAAAUGAUGCAAGAGGAGUUUGCUGCAGCAGCAGCUGAGACUGCGUUUGAGGGAGACCCAUGCAGCAGCACUGACGUCGUCACCGUCAGCAGCAGCAGCAGCAGCAGCAGCAGCAGCAGCAGCAGCAGCAGCAGCAGCAGCAGCAGCGACGCAAUUCCCCGCUGCAGCUCUUUGGGCCUUCAACUUUGUUACUUGUCUUUUCCAGACCCUUUAAACCCAAACUCAGGCAGCAGAUUUGAAAUUGCUGUUGACAAGCCUGCGGACUGGCUCUGA